AUGCUGAGAACCGCCUUUGUCUUGGGAGCCACGGGAGCUGUUGGUACGCAGUUAGUAGAAGCUCUGCUGAAGUCCAAACAGUUCAAGAAAAUUGUCAUCAUCGGAAGAAGAAAAAUCCCUCAGGAUAAUGAGUCCAUAGAACAAGUUAUUGUCAACUUCGAUGAAAUCGAAAAGCAUUCGGAUGCCUUCAAGGAUGUGGACGUUGGCUUUUGCGCUCUAGGUACGACUAGAGGUAAAGCCGGUAAGGAAGGCUUCUACAAGGUCGAUCAUGACUAUGUUGUUAACUCAGCAAGGGUAGCUAAAGAGCAAGGUGUGAAGGAGUUUGUGCUUGUCUCUUCUGCUGGCGCAAAUGAAAGUUCAUUCUUCUUAUAUCCGAAGACAAAAGGCGAAACUGAGCGGGAUGUCGAUGCUCUGGGAUUUGAUAAAUUCCUCAUCAUGCACCCUGGCUUACUGGAAGGCCCAAGAGAAGAAUCUCGACUACUCGAAUCCAUUGCAAAGCUUGCAAUAAAGCCAGUAAAGCUUUUUUCGAACUCUGUCGCCAUCUCUACAGAGGAUGUUGCUAAGGUAAGCAUUUUUUCAAAGUUUUUGAUCUUCUGUUUCUUAGAAGAUCUACCUCCUAUUAUGGUUCUUAUUUUCUUGCAGGCCAUGAUUGUUGGCGCUUGCUCAAAUGAGUUGAAAGGUAAAGUGAUUUGGGAUAAUGCGACCAUGUUAGAGAAGACGAAGUCCUUUGAUGACCUUUGCAAGCAGAGCUCUACAUGA